CCCGCUCAUCAUCGCCACCAAAAUUUCGCAGCCACUCCACUCGGACCGUCACACACAAAAACAUCGGCGCAGCUUCUUUCGGUGUAACACCACCUCAAUCGGCCGCUUUUGACUGGCUUCAAAACAAUUUCUUGCUCUUCGGAUCUCAUCUUUCUUCUCUUUUAGCUUUUAACAAAGCAUCUGCAGACUACUGGAGUCGCAUCCGGCCACCUCACAACGCUUCCAAACCCUCACACGAGCCAAGCCGUGUGGAAAUUUCUGCUGAGCCAAUUUCGACUUUCACACAGAGCCUCGCAGAGUCGCAGUUCUGGCGAAAUCAACCUGUUCGGCCAUUCCAACUUCUUCCAGGUUGUGAAAGCCGACCUUGAUUCUAGGAGUCUCUAGCAACAUCUCUAUGAGCCGCAAAGAUCUGCUACGCUUCCUAUCCAAGCCUGCAAAGCCUCGAUAACACCAGCUACUUGCAAAUAUCUUCCAAUCGACCAAAGACUGACCGUUCUCUCAUACGUCUUUCUCAAAACACCACGAACGCCGCUAUCGGUACUGCGACAGGUAUCGAGCCUUGACCCAAGAGAAAGAACAUAAAUUCUGCCCACAAUUCCGUUCGUGCAGGAGAUCUUCUUUCUUCUCACCUCCUUCCGGCCUCCAUAACGACCCUUUAGAGGGAAUACAGAACAUAUCAGACAUUGCUGCUGGCAAAAGCCAGCCUCCACAACUCCCACAGAUUAGUGGGCCUUCUCUUCUCAGGCGGACACCGCAUUGUUCGUCUGGGUGGCAGAUAGUGCUUCACUGAGUCGUCAGAUCAGUGUCUCUUCGCCUCCUGUCUUGCCAAUUUCAAUAUCAAACGGACUUUGUCCACACCUCCGACAAGGAUAUGGUACAUAUUGGGAUCCCCAAACAUUAUACCACUUCACCGUCGAGUUUUAGUCAUAGUACGUCCUUGACUAUCAAUCGUGAAGUUGCGCUAGAUCUUGAUUCUAGCAAUGCAUUCGAAGGUCCUGAAAAACUUCUAGAAGUAUGGUUCAGUCCAUCCGCCAGCGCCCUUCAGGGUUGUUCCGAACCGACCGGUCUGAAGGCCGUGCCCGCAGAUAUAUGGAAGUCCAUGCUCGACUUGGUCAAUUGCAAAGUAUUGUCCAUUGUUGAAUCCGAAGAUGUCGACGCCUACCUGCUCUCGGAAUCGAGCAUGUUCGUCUUCCCCCACAAGCUCAUUUUGAAGACGUGCGGCACAACUACCCUGCUGUGUGGCCUUCCACGUAUUCUCGAAAUUGCCACACUCUUUGGAGGCUUCUCACGCUCUACCGCUCCACCUUCUCGCGGCAUUGCGGUGGCAGCUGCUCCAUAUCGUGUCUUCUACAGUCGCAAAAAUUACCUCUUCCCGGAUCGACAACAAGGACCACAUCGCAGCUGGCGUGAUGAAGUCCAUGCCCUUGACAAGCUUUUCGUGGGGGGAAGUGCAUACAUGAUUGGCAAGAUGAACGGCGAGCAUUGGUACCUCUACUUGACUGAACCAUACACCAUGUUGACACCACCAGCAAGUCCACAGAGCAUGGAAAGUCCAGGCACCGAAACCAAAAUGCUGGAUUUGCCAUCCUCUCUGGUUGUCGAUCGUGGUUCGAAGGUGUGCGAAGGUGAAGAUGAAACUCUCGAGGUUCUCAUGACUGAUCUGGAUGAGGAGAAUGCCAAGCAAUUCUACCUCGACCAUGCGAGUGCGGUCGCGGAAGAUCAGUGGAGAGGAUCCCAAGGAGGUCAAGACGACCAUGUGGAUGUUUUCAGCAAUGCUUCAUCCGACGCUGAUAUUUCUUUGAGGGAGGAACCGUACCCAGCCGAGCUCACAACUGAAGGACAUGCCCUCGGGACCGUGGUGUCCGACGCAUGUGGCUUGUCCGAUGUCUACCCGUCCGACAAGUACCCCGAUGCCCGCGUCGACGCUUACUUGUUCACUCCUUGCGGGUUUUCAGCCAACGGUGUCAUUCCAGCGCCUCACGGCGAAAAGGGCACUCACUACUUCACUGUGCACGUUACUCCGGAGCCAAUCUGCUCCUAUGCUUCGUUCGAAACCAAUGUUCCCGUUGGCCAGAAGGGCCGGGAGACAACCGACAUUAUUCAGCAUGUGGUGGACAUCUUUAAACCUGGGCGAUUCAGUGUUACACUCUUCGAAGCCAAAGCCAACUACCAUGAGAGAGCCUAUGCGGAUCAUGAUGAAUUGGCGGAGAUCAAGAUGCUUGAACGCAAGGUUGCUCGUCGCAAUGCGAAAAUGGACUCUAUCAAGGGAUAUCGGCGCGUGGACCGUAUCGUCCAUGACCUUGAUGGCUAUGAUUUGGUCUUCAGAUAUUACGAGCGACAUGAUUGGAAAGGAGGUGCGCCACGCAUUGGUGAGAGGGGUUUCUAACCGGACCCGAUGAGCUGAGCCUGGAGGCUCUAAUGGCUUUGCUAUGCAUGCUACUGCUUCCUCGACUGCAUUCUGCAGUCCCUCCACUCCUUUGUUAGCUUCCUGAUGGACUGUUUUGAAUGCACGGAUCUACUAUCUGGCAAGUUGAGGCGUAUAAGCAUCACGCUGAAACAUUUCUUACAUGUCGAAAAACCCCUAAUCAACUGUUGUAGACUUUGAGAUAUGCUUGCCGUCUUGCACGGGGAUUAAAUGACUUUAGAAUUUGACAGAGGAAAGUGAAUCUGUAAAAGUAGCUUCUGGUCCUUUGCCGUCAGAUUCUGC